AUGGCGACGUCGUCUUCUUCACUCAGCUUCAACUUCAUAACCCUAACCCUAACCCUAACCCUACUCCUCCACCUUUCGCCGGAAACUGGCGCAGCCCGGCGCCUUAACGUCCAAGAAACGGCCGUUAGCGAACCUGUCCGAGUAGUCAACGACGCUAACAACAUUCCGUUACCUCCGUUCCCCGGCCUCCCUCCGUUCGGCGGCGCUCCGUUACCUCCGUUACCGUUUCCACCGUUUCCGUUCCCUUCUCCGCCGGGUUCUCUAGUUCCAGGUUUCCCUUUCCCCGGCAUGAAGUUCCCUCCUCUGCCGUUCCUAACGCCGCCACCGCCGUGA